AGCGCACACAGCAUGGAGCACCGUGUGAGCAUGUUAGCCGAGGUGGCUACAUCAUGACAGAUUAUUUAUUUAUUUUGGGGGGUCUGUGUCAAAUUUUACCGCCAAAUGUCAGACAAGACACGUCCAGCGAGUGACGCCCGUCACUGUGGCGCAGUUAUUUCUACGAUAACACCGUAAUAAGUGUCCAAAAGUUGUUGGACAAUGUCUGUCAAGAUGAGACUGGCCCUGCGCAUCUGCAGCCGCAGGUCUCCAUGGCAACCGGUGACCACGUCAAUCAAAGACUCACCUGUCAGGAUUCACCCUGUGGCACACAUUGGGGACUCAAGGCCAAGCCUGGCUGGCACCUCAGUGAGGUUUUACUCACAGGACGGCGUUCGCAGCGAGGAGCACCUCUCUCCAGUGAUCAGCUCCGAUGGAGCCACCUCAAACAAGCCGCGGUUUCCUUUCAACGACCACCUGCAGCAGUGCGGCUCCCCAUCAGACGUGUUAGAUCUCACCUGUCGGUACGCGCCCACGGUUCGACAGAUCAGCAACUGCCUGACCCACAUGUGGUCCGCCACCAAGAAGAUGACAGACGAGCAGCGGCGCUGCGAGCUGGUGCUCAUGUUCGAGCAUCCUGCGCUCGACAGGCUGCUGCAGAGCGCCAUGAAGAGCGCGGGCCACAUGCGCAACGAGGACUUGGCUUAUUCUCUCAUAAGUAUGGUCAAGCUGGGUGUCCCCCAACGCAGCCGCGUGGUCCAGACUUUCCUGCGAGCCUGCCAGGAGAAGCUGAACGACUUUGAUGAGAAGUGCCUGUCCAUCAUGGCGUCCUGUCUGAGAGACAUGAAGGAGGACACCCCCAACGUCUUUGCACUUAAGGAGGGCAUGAGGCUGUUGGUUGAGGCCCGUCUUCCCAAGAUCAAGAAUGUCAUGUCUCUCCAGACCAUGAUGUAUAUGCUGGGGGAAAACGCCCCGCUGAACCUGAAACGGAAACUCGAGGGAAAGGCUCUGUCACUGAUAGACCAGUUCAGCCUUCCUAACGCCCAGCACAUGAUCUCCACCAUGGCCACAAUGGGCUUCUACUCCAAACCACUGCUGGACGUCUGCAGCCGGAAGAUAAAAGAAGACCUCUAUGGAAUCCCCUUCAACAGACUGUUUACAGUUCUGCUGUCCUACAAGGAGCUGCGCUACAGAGACUUCGAUCUGCUCACCAGCCUCUCGGACUACAUCGCCUCUACGCUGGACUUAUGGACCACCAAACAGUUAGUCCUCUUCCUCUCUGUGUUUGAGAACCUCGCCUUCUAUCCCGCCGCCUUGAUGGAGGCUUUCGCUGAGAAGGUGAUCGCCAAUCCGGACGCCCUGACGCUUCAAGACCUCUUCUGUGUCCUCAAGGCGUACUCCUCUCUUAACUACGAUGUGCAGCACCAGAGACAACAGUUCCUGGACAGUCUCAGUCAGGUUCUGGACGCCUACCUGCCCAAGAUGUCCGAGUUUGAGCUGUUAAAGACCGUAUACUACCUGUGUCAACUGGGCCACUUUCCCUCCGCACAGCUGGAGAAACUCCUGCAGGGCAGCACACUGGAGCAGUUUAAGAUGACAGCGCCCAAGUUUGUCCAAAACCAGGAGAGGAUGUUUCAGAUGGUGAACUUGUGCCUCCGUCUCGACCGCCCUCCACUACCUAUGCCCCUGACCGUCCCCUCAUUCGUCCUGGGAGAGCCCACCCUCAGCGGGCCAUCAGCCAACCCGUGGUUCUCGCAGAGCAUGCGGAGUGUGUUGGGAGACCAGGUAGACACGGUGCUUCAGGAAAGGGUGGUGGUGGAGGACUUCUACUUCAUAGAUGGUGUCAUAACCAAACCUCUGCCAAACCAAAGCGCUGUGACUGAAGCCAGCCGUCACACAGGAGAAGCGAGUUCUCCGGCAGAGAGCAGUCAAAGAUUUGCAGUAAUCUGCGCUCAGCACACUGCCUUUUGCUUCGGCACGUCCAAACCCCGCGGCACUCUGGCGGUCAUGGCUCGCCAUCUGAAGAUCUUGGGAUACGAGCCUGUUUUGGUCAUGCAGCAGGAGCUGCAAUCCAUGUCUGAAGAACAGAGGACAGAGUUCUUCAGGGGACGGAUCUUUCCAGAACACCACAGGUCGGACACACAACCCAAAAUGGAAGCAGCCGAGAUCUUGAGGACAGAUGUCAGCGUUUAACGGGUGCCAAGUCACGGAUACAGUCAUCAAAGACAGACAGAUUUUGUUGUGCUAUUCAAAGCUUUGUAAAAGAUUAAGAAGGAAUUCAUGUAUUUAAAUAAAUGCUUAUUAAACAUAAA